AUGGAUCUUGAGUUCUUUACCGAUAUUCAAGAGACUAUAAGAACGCUUCACUUUCUUUACUUUGUCUGCCUCACUUCUCUCUCGCUCUUCUUCUUCUUUUCUUUUCCCUCUUUCUCCCUCUCUCUUCUUUUCUUUCUCCCUCUCUCUUCUUUUCUUUCUUUCUUUCUUUCUUUCUUUCUUUCUUUCUUUCUUUGCUUGCACUUUUCACUCUUUUUCUCACAUUUUUAUUUCUUUGUUUCUUUUUUCUUUCUUCCUCUCUUUCUUUGUUUGUUGCUUCUUUUACUCUUUCUCCCUUUCUCUUUCUCCUUUACCCCGUUUCUUCCUUUCUCUCUUUCAUUCUCUCUCCCUUUUUCUCUCUCUCCCUUUCUUUUUUCGCUCGUACUCUCUCCUUGGUUUAUUUCUUCUUCUUCUUCUUCUUCUUCUUCUUCUUCUUCUUCUUCUUCUCAUUUCUUUCCGUGUCCCAACCAGGGACUUUCUAUAAACUUUUCCAUUUCCCUGAAACAGCGUUCUUUCUUUUUUCUUUCUUUCCUUUUCUUUUUCUUUCUUUUUUCCUUUAUCUUUUUGAUCAUUUUUCUUUCUUUCGUCUUUCUUUCUUUCUUCUUUCUUUCUUUCUUUCUUCUUUCUUUCAUUUUUUCACUAUAA